AUGGGAAGUCAAAGCAAUGUGACAGAAUUCAUUCUCUUGGGCAUUAUGAGGAAUCUGGAGCUGCAGAAAAUACGCUCCGCUGUAUUUCUAAUUAUGCAUGUGUCCACCGUUUUGGGAAACCUCCUCAUUGUGGUAACCAUGGUUACACGUCAGAGUCUAAUAUCACCUAUGUAUUUUUUCCUUACAUCCUUGUCUCUUUUGGAUGUCACUUUCUCUUCUGUCAUUGCCCCCAAGAUGAUUGUGGACUCCCUCUCUGAGAGCACUACCAUCUCCCUUAAAUGUUCUAUGGCCCAGCUCUUCACUGAGCACUUCUUUGGUGGUGUGGGUAUCAUCCUUCUCACUGUGAUGGCCUAUGACCACUACAUGGCCAUCUGUAAGCCCCUGCACUACCUGACCAUCAUGAGGCCUCAGGUGUGCUACCUGUUGCUGGGAGGGGCCUGGGUUGGGGGAUUUAUCCAUGCAAUAGUUCAGCUUCUCUUCAUGUAUCAAAUACCCUUCUGUGGUCCCAAUAUCAUAGACCACUUUCUAUGCGAUUUGUUUCCACUGUUGAAAUUGGCCUGCAUGGACACCUGCAUCCUGGGCCUCUUAGUCAUCCUCAACAGGGUGAUGUGUGUGGCCAUCUUCCUUAUCCUCAUCACCUCCUAUGUGGUCAUCCUUUGCUCCCUGAAGUCCUGCAGCUCUGAAGGGCGGCAUAAAGCCCUCUCUACCUGUGGCUCCCACCUCACGGUAGUCAUCAUGUUCUUUGUGCUUUGUAAUUUUUUGUAUGUCAGUCCUGUGGCCACCUACCCCAUAGACAAGGCAAUGGCUGUGUCGGAUUCUAUCAUCACACCCAUGUUAAAUCCCUGGAUCUACACCCUGAGGAACACAGAAGUGAAAAAUGCCAUGAGAAAACUGUGGAUGAAACAAGCGAAUUUGGUUGGCAAGUGA